AAUGAAUAAUAUUAAGAAUGAAAGGUUGUUGUCAACGCCGGUAUUUGUGAAAUAAAAAUUUCCUAACAUUCUUAUCAAUAAAAGCGGAGUUACAUUUGCAAACAGUAAGCGGACCUGGUGGGAUGGGACAGAAAGUAUCUAGGAAUGAUUUUGAGUGGGUUGGCACUGAAGAGCCGCAUGCUUCACGCCGAAAAAUCAUCUUGGAAAAGUAUCCGCAAAUUAAAAAACUAUUUGGCUAUGAUCCAAAAUUCAAAUGGAUAGCAGGCUCAAUGGUGCUUACUCAAAUAUUAGCUUUAUUGGUUGUAAAAGAUUUUUCUUGGAAAAUGUUAAUCGCUGCUGCGUACUGCUUUGGUGGCAUAUUAAAUCAUUCACUUAUGCUUGCCGUGCACGAAAUUUCACAUAACUUAGCCUUUGGACACAGUCGACCGAUGCUCAAUAGGAUAUUGGGUUUUAUUUGCAAUUUGCCAAUUGGUUUACCAAUGUCAAUAUCUUUUAGAAAAUACCAUUUAGAACAUCACAGAUAUCAAGGAGACGAAGUCGUGGAUACGGACAUACCAACUUUAUUGGAAGCAAAAUUGUUUAAUUCUACUCUUGGUAAACUUGUGUGGGUUAUAUUGCAGCCCAUAUUUUAUAUUUUUCGCCCUUUAAUCAUCAAUCCGAAGCCUCCGACGCACCUAGAAAUAAUAAAUGUCAUUAUACAGCUGAUUUUUAACAUCUUGAUUGUCUACUUCAUUGGCUGGAAAGCCAUGGUGUACUUGGUAUUAGGUUCCAUUCUGGCUAUGGGUCUACAUCCCGUCGCCGGCCACUUUAUAUCAGAGCAUUAUAUGUUUGCUAAAGGCUUCGAGACCUAUUCCUACUACGGGCCUCUCAACUGGAUAACAUUUAAUGUGGGCUAUCAUAAUGAACAUCACGAUUUUCCGGCUAUACCGGGCUCUCGGCUACCGGAAGUGAAAAAAAUUGCACCCGAGUUUUACGAGUCAAUGCCACAACAUAGCAGUUGGACGCGAGUACUAUACGAUUUCAUUAUGGAUCCAGCAGUGGGCCCUUACGCCCGCAUUAAACGACAUCAAAAAGGACUUGAAACAUAAGCAUAACAUGCAAAGUAUUUUAAUAACCUAAUAAUUUCUAAAACGUUAUUUCUUAAAUUAGCCAAUUAAAUUUACAUACACCUUUGCUUUUUUUUUUUUUUUUGAAAUUUCAUGAAUUGUGUGUACGUAUUGUAAUUAAUGUUAUUUAUUUAAUUUAUAUGAUUGCUUCAUUAUUUAUAUCUUGUGUUAAAUACACAUCUAACAUUUCAAUUUCGUUUGCGUGACUAAAAAACUAUAUUGGUAUUUCCAUAAAGUAAAGCAAAAUUCAUAACAAGUUCCAAAGUUCAUCUCAGUGUCUAAAUAAAAUAAUGUGAUAGGUAA